GGCGGGUCUGCGGGCGGUGCGGACGCCCCCGCCCCAGACCCCGCUGCCGCCGUGAGGGAGGCGGAAGCCGGCGUUGCGCGGCCCAUUCCUUCCGGGCCGAGGGGCGGCGGAGCCGGGGCGGCCGCAGCCGCAGCCGCAGCGCCGAUAUGGAUAACAAGAAGGAUGAAAAAAGUCGGACGCGGUGUGCAAGCUCAGAAGAAGGGCUGAAGGCCCGAGGAAAAGAAAAAAGGAAACGGAAGCGCAGCAGAAGCAGAUCUUCAUCUGUUUCAUCCUCAUCGUCUUCUGGCAGUACAUCCAUGUCUUCCUCCUCAUCACGCUCAUCCUCAAGGUCAUCUUCUUCCAGCAGUAGUAGAGAUUCUCCUAAGUCUAAGUCAAAGAAGAAGAAAAAAGAAAAGCACAACAAAAAGAAAAGGAAAAAGGAGAAGAAAAAGAAGGAAAAGAAGAAAAGGAAAGAGAAAACAGGACCUGUCCAGCUUUCCAAGUUCUUCAAAAACAAGAAGAAUGAAAACUACAGCAUGAUAACUGGAAAGAAAAUUAAGAUGAAAAUAAAGAAGACUAAGGAAGAUAUAGAGAGAGACCGGAACCGUGCACAGCUCCUGGAAUUUCUGAACUCUGCCUUGUAACGGGAGGAGUGCUCACCAAGGACUGGUAGAUGCACCAGUCCAGCCAUCAUCCUAGCAGAACACUAAAGGGAACCUCAGGGAAAAGGACACCAAGUUGGACAAGACCAGACCUUCCU